AUGGAAUCGAAGAUGGCCAAGUUCCAGUUGCUUCCCCUUGUCGCAGGGCUACUUGCCCCUUCAAUUGCAGCCCUCAGCAUCCCUUCCCCGCAGCAAAUCCUCGAUUCUCUUACUUUCGGAGAGCACACCGACGGCUUCUGUCCACUAGCACCCAAGGUUGAGGUCCCGGACGACGGAUUCUUCCCAGCUCUCAAGUUCGUAGAAGAUGCCUCGUUCAAGUCGCGUCAAGUCAAUCGUCUCUCCAGGGCCGUCCAGGUCCCGACCGCAAUCGAUGAUUACAUGAAGGACCCCUACGACGAGAAGUUCGCCCCAUUCCUCGACUUCCAGAACCUCCUAAAGACCCUCUUCCCCCUCACCCACUCCUACGCCCGCGUAGAUCACAUCAACCGAUUUGGUCUCGUCUUCACCCUCAAUGGCACAGACGACUCGCUCAAACCCCUGCUCUUCACCGCGCACCAGGACGUCGUGCCCAUCAACGACCCCGCCGACUGGACCUACCCCCCCUUCGAUGGCCACUUCGACGGCGAAUGGCUUUGGGGCCGCGGUGCCAGCGACUGCAAGAACGUCCUGAUCGGGCUGAUGUCCGUCGUCGAAGACCUACUCUCCCAGAACUGGAACCCAACCCGCACCGUCGUCCUAGCCUUCGGCUUCGACGAAGAAUCCCACGGCUUCCUCGGCGCCGGAUCCAUCGCCAAAUUCCUCGAGAAGAAAUACGGCCCGGACAGCUUCGCCUUCAUCCUCGACGAAGGCGGCAUGGGCCUCGAAGUCCUCGACGACACCUCCAACGGCGUCGUCUACGCCCUCCCGGGCGUCGGCGAAAAGGGCAGCAUCGACGUAGUCCUCACCCUCGCCGUCCCAGGCGGCCACAGCUCCGUGCCCCCUCCACACACAGGAAUCGGCAUCAUCUCCGAAAUCAUCUACGAGCUCGAACGCCAGGACCUCUUCGUCCCCGUCCUCGACACCCACCACCCCACCCGCAAAAUGCUCGAAUGCCAAGUCCGCCACUCCCCCUCGCAAGUCGAGCCCUGGCUCGCCUCCGCCCUCCAAUCCAGCGACUACGUCUCUCUCGCAGAGAAGCUGGCCUCCUCGCGCGGCGACAAGUUCCGCUUCAUCCUCCAAACCUCCCAAGCAGCAGACAUCAUCAACGGCGGCGUCAAAUCCAACGCUCUCCCCGAGAAAAUCAGCGCCCUCGUCAACUACCGUAUCGCGUUGCACCAAACCCCAGAUGAUAUCAAGAACCGCGCUGUGGAUAUCAUCUCCCCCAUCGUGCAGAAAUAUAACCUCUCCCUCACGGCCUUCCCCGAAAGCGAUACCGUCGACCCCUCCCUCAACAACCACCUCACCCUCACUACCCUCAGCGGCGCUCUCAGCCCCGCCCCAGUCAGUCCAACAGACAUUGACACCGACGCCGUCUGGGCCCGCUUCUCGGGCGUCACUCGCUCCGUGUUCGAGUCCGUCCCGAGUCUCGAGGGCAGGAAGGUCGUCGUCAGCGGAGACAUCAUGACCGGGAAUACCGAUAUGAGAUUCUAUUGGCCCUUGUCGAGGAAUAUUUACAGGUGGAGUCCGUCGAGAGCGGGUAAGGCGGUGAAUAUUCAUACUGUGGAUGAGAGGAUCGAUAUUGAUAUUCAUCUGGAGGCGAUGAUGCUGUAUUAUGAUCUUAUUCGCUCUUUCGACGGAUGGGAUGAUCCGUCUGUUGUGGAUGCUGCUGUUGCGGAGGAUGAUGAUGAUGAACUUGCUCAUGAUGUGCUGUGA